AUGUUAGGUGCCAGUAGUAGUGAAGAUGACGAUGAUGAUUUUGUAAAUGAGGACGAGCUUCAAGUUAAUUAUUGUUAUAAAAAGAAUCUUUUGGCUGGAACAAAUCAAUGCACAACCUCCCCUCCGCACUCAACAUCUCCGGCACCUUCAGAUUCUGUUUCUCAGACUAAUUCACUAAAAAGAAAUAAUAGUAGCAGCACUUAUCGACGGAAAGGCUCAUCACAUAGUCAAACGCCAGCUCGUUCGGUUCGGAAUGCUUCCUCAGCUUCUCGCCCGCAAUUUCAAUCCUCACAAGAUAUAUCAGAUAAUGAAGUUGACGAAGAAGAUGCCUUAGUUCUGCAAGCAAAUGAAGAAACAUCACUUAGUAAAGAAGAACAAGAACGGAUAAGAGCAGAGAAAGAAGAAGAAGAGCACAAAGAAAACCUUCAGUUAUAUGUUUUUGUGGCAAGAUGCAUAGCAUAUCAUUUCAAUGCCAAACUACCAACCGAUAUGGCAAGGCGUCAGAUGAAAGUGACGAAACCGGAAUUAGCCCGGUUAAAGGAUAGAUUUGCUAGCUUUUUGCGAGGAGAAACGAAUAUACCAGCUGAUGAAGCUUUGAUUAAAGCCAUUCAGAGUUAUCAUGAAGUGUUUCUCAAAUCCGAGCGGGUACAAAAAGUAGUUAAUGCCGGUGGAUUUUCAAUGCAUGAUUUCCGUGAGGUGUUUCGGUUAAAUAUUGAGAAAAGGAUACGAUCAUUACCUGAAAUCGAAGGUUUGAGUAAAGAUAUGGUGUUAUCAGCAUGGUUGGCAAAAUAUGAUGCAAUUUGUAAAGGGGAUGAUGAUUCACAAAAGGGAAGGUUGCGUGGUCGAAACCAAGUGAAAGAAGCUCAGAGCGAUAUGGUACUCAGUAAAGAACAGAUGUACGAUAUGUUCCAACAAAUAAUGGCAGUUAAGAAGUUCGAGCACCAGAUCAUUUUUAAUGCUCUACAGCUUGAUAAUCCGGACGAGCAAGCAGCUACCAUUAGGAGAGAAGUCGGUUUACGAGAAGAGUGCUUAAAGGAUAUUGUCAAGAUGCGAAGACAUAUGCCAAAAUUUGUUGUAAAAGAUAUGGAAACGUUGUAUAUGGAUGAAGUUAGGCAAUCAGUCUCCAUGCUAAUAUCCAAUCUGGAGUCCGUUCCGGUAGCGCCUCGUGGUACAGGCGGAGGAAAACGAAAGGAUAAAUCGCGUAACAACACAAAGAACAAACGAUCUCGAAGCAUAGAGGACUUAUCGCUCUUUAACAGUUUAAAACGACGGACUAGCUCGGGCUCUCUCAACAAGACAGAAAGCGAAGAGCAAGAAGUUAUCUUGACCAAGUCAGAUGUUUGUCUCACUCUCAAUAUGGAAGUUGUUGUUAUGGAGGUUAACGGGUUGAAAUCUCUUCAACCAAAUCGGAUAGUAUACUGUACGAUGGAAGUUGAUGGUCAUAAGCUGCAGACAGAUCAUGCAGAAGCUUCUAAACCAUCCUGGGAUACACAAGGAGAUUUCUCUACAAAGAACGUGUUACCAGUUGUUAAAGUGAAAUUAUAUAGUGAAGUUAAAAGUAUUGUUUCUUUCGAAGAUAAGGAAUUAGGAAAAGUUAUCAUUCAACCAACACCCAAUUGUUCUCGUUCUCCAGAAUGGUAUUCCAUGACAGUUCCCAAGAAUAGCCAGGACCAAACUUUGAAGAUUCGAAUCGCUAUACGUGUUGAUAAGCCGCCUAACUUGAAGUACUGUGGGUAUUGUUACUGUAUGGGUCGAAGUGUGUGGAGAAAAUGGAAAAGACGAUUCUUCUGCUUAGUCCAAGUUUCACAAUAUACUUUCGCCAUUUGCUCUUUUCGAGAAAAGAAAUCAGAACCAACAGAAUUCCAACAGCUUGAUGGCUUUACUAUCGAUUAUAUGCCUGAACCCGAUCAAGAAUUGUCUAACAGUGGUGGUAAGUUCUUCUUCACUGCCAUAAAAGAAGGUGAUGAACUGAAACUGGCGACUGACGAUGAAAACGAAAGGCACAUGUGGGUACAGGCUCUCUAUCGAGCAACAGGUCAGGCUUAUAAGCCUGUGCCGCCGAAACAAUCAACUGUGACACCUAAAGCUCAAGGAUUCCAAGACAAAGCUUCAAAGCAUGGAAUGGAUGAAAUAAUUCAGGCUGACCCAAUGUCUCUCAACCAGCAACAUUCAUUCGAACACGUUCAGACCCAAGUUUUGAUGUAUCGCUUGAGUGAACCCAUUUGCUCAUUGGGAUGGUUUUCGCCUGCGCAAGUGUUUGUGCUGGAUGAAUACUGUGCUCGGUAUAUGGUACGAGGAUGUUACCGUCAUAUAGCUUUACUCCGAGCUCUUCUCGAUAAAGCGGAUGAAGGCCAUUUGAUAGAUCCAACCCUCAUCCAUUACUCUUUUGCUUUUUGUGCUAGUCAUGUGCAUGGAAAUCGUGCAGAGCACAGUGCUAGUGAGCCGUACAAGCCGGAAGGUGUUGGAACAGUAACAUUGGAGGAAAAAGAAAAGUUCCAAGAAAUCAAAGAGAGACUACGUGUUUUAUUAGAGAAGCAAAUAACAAAUUUUCGAUACUGUUUUCCAUUUGGACGUCCAGAAGGUGCUUUGAAGGGAACAUUAUCAUUAUUAGAACGGGUUUUGAUGAAAGAUGUUGUUUCUCCGGUUCCACCAGAAGAAGUUCGAGGAGUGAUACGCAAGUGUCUAGAAGAUGCUGCUCUCGUUAACUAUACCAGGAUAUGUAAUGAAGCAAAGAUUGAACAACGGAUGGGAGAGAACAUAACGCCUAUUCAACGUAUAGAAGACAUGAUUCGGGUCACAGAAUUCUGUAUUGAUUUGUUAAAAGAGAAUGAAGAACAUCAUGGAGAGGCUUUCGCUUGGUUUUCCGACUUACUGGCUGAUCAUUCGGAAAUCUUUUGGUCACUGUACUCUGUAGAUUUGGACGCUGCUCUUGAAGUUCAACCACAAGACACAUGGGAUUCGUUCCCACUGUUCCAAAUGUUGAAUGAUUUUCUAAUGAGCGAACAAUACUUAAAAGGCGGAACUUUCCAUAAAAAGCUGACAUGUCAGUUUCAACCGUUAGUCAGCCGUUAUUGUGAUUUGAUGGAACAAGCAGUAGCUCAAGCUAUUGAGAAGGGAUUUGUAAAAGAAAAAUGGGAGCAACGGAAGGAAGGAUGUGGUACAUCUGAGGAUAUUUAUUGGAAAUUGGAUGCUCUCCACGGAUUUGUUGUUGACCUCAAUUGGCCAGAGGAAGAAUUUCGCAAGUUUUUGCAUCUUAGAAUGCGAAACUUGACAUCCGAUAUGAUUACGCGAGUUGCAAGCAGUACUUAUCAACAAUUUGACAUCUGGAUGCAGAAAGCUCGUCGGAACACCGAUUACAUUUUGCCAUCAGAGAUUUGCGUUAUGAUCAAUGUGAUAUUCAGCAGCAAAGCAAGAGCUACCCGUGCUGCCAAUGAGUCUAGCGAUCAUAAAUAUCAUUCGAAGCUAGAAGAAACAUUAGACACAAUGCUAAGAGAUAUGGACGGCUGUAUCCAGGAAAAAAUGAUGGGAGUUCUUGACUUCGUCUUAGGCAAGUUAGCUCGAUACGAUGAAGGAAAUCCUAUUGGAGCCUUACUAUCUAUGGCGCCAAAACCGACAUCCAUUUUCAAUAAAGUUAAAACUAUGGUUGGAGAACAAGGUAUCAAUAUAUCCGGUGGAUCAACGGCAUCAACGCCAAACUCGAAAACCCCUGUAUCACAGCAGCAGUCAACUGGCCACAUAGGAAACUCAUACGUCACUUUCAUGAGAGGAUGUACAGAACAGCUCCGGCAGAUAGUUAUUGACGAAAUAUGGGUUAACCGGUUAUUCGAGAAAUGGUAUGAUAGUCAAAUGAAGAUGAUAAACGAUUGGCUGACGGAGCGAUUGCAACAAUCUUUAUCCGUUUAUCAGUUCCAGUCACUCAGUUUUAUAGUAAAGAAAGUUUAUUCUGAUUUCGAGUUACAUGGAAUCGAUGAAGAACGCCUCAAUGGCCGAGUUUAUCAAUCCAUCAGUAAACGAUUACAAUUAGAAGAAGCUAAUGUUGCUCUACAAGAUCAAGGCAACGGCUCAACACCAUCUUCUGUCUUUCCAUCAUCACUUGGUAAUGCAACUGCUGCAGUCUCUAACGUGUCUAGUCUUGUUGAAGGAGCAGGCUCCAAAGUUUUCUCAUUUUUCAAAUAG